AUUAACCAAAUUUGCAGUUAACUGCAAUUCCAGAGCUUAUCAAAAACAAAGUUCUACGGUGGCAGUCCCAUUUCCGCCACCAGAAAAAAAGAAAGAGAAAGAGAAAGGCGGGAGCUUCGGGGUCAGCAGAAGGCGCUGUCGUUUCAGCUUCUUCCAAUUCGACCCCUAAAGAGGAAAAAGCAUUGCGUCUUGUUAAUUUCUUAAGUUUCUAGCAAACAUUGCAAACUCACAAUCAUGGCGUCGCACAAUACUGCAAGUUCUGAGUCUCAUCAGGUUUUGGUCCAGGACAAGCAAUUUGUGAAAUCACUUAUACUGAACCGUCCCAAGCAAUUGAAUGCACUCUCCCGCUAUAUGGUUUCUCGGCUAUUGGAACUAUUUCUGGCCUAUGAGGAGGAUCCUAGUGUGAAGUUGGUUCUUUUGAAGGGAAAUGGAAGAGCAUUUUGUGCUGGAGGUGAUGUUUCCGCUGUGGUCCGUGAUAUUACUGAAGCAGGUGAUUGGAGAUCAGGUGCAAGCUUCUUUCAGAAAGAGUUUAUCUUAAAUUAUGUCAUGGCGACAUACAAAAAGCCUCAGGUUUCAAUUCUUGAUGGGAUUGUCAUGGGAGGUGGAGCUGGUGCAUCAAUUCAUGGUAGAUUUCGCAUUGUAACUGAAAAUACGGUUUUUGCAAUGCCUGAAACGGCUUUAGGACUCUUUCCAGAUGUUGGUGCCUCCUACUUCUUGUCAAGGUUGCCAGGGUUCUUUGGUGAAUAUGUUGGUCUCACUGGAACCAGGUUGGAUGGUCCAGAAAUGCUUGCGUGUGGUCUUGCAACCCAUUUUGUUCACUCCACGAAAUUGUCCCUGCUGGAGGAAGAACUUUACGAGGCGAAUUUAGAUGAUCCAUUAAAUAUUUGUGAAAUUUUUGAUAAAUAUGCUGAGCAACCUGUUCUGAAAGAGAAGAGCGCUUAUCGAAAGUUGCAUAUAAUUGAUAAGUGCUUUUCUCACAGAACUGUCGAAGAAAUUUUAUCUUCUCUUGAGAAUGAAAAUGCUGAGAGACACGGUGAUUGGAUUUCUGCAUCAAUAGAAUCACUAAAGAGAGCAUCUCCAACAAGUUUGAAAAUCUCUCUUAAAUCGAUCAGAGAAGGUAGACUGCAAGGGAUUGGUGAAUGCCUAAUCCGCGAGUUUAGGAUGGUUUGCCAUGUUCUGCAAGGAGAAGUCAGCAGAGAUAUAUUUGAGGGUUGCCGGGCAAUCUUGGUUGACAAAGACAAAAAUCCAAAGUGGAAUCCUUCGCGGUUGGAUCUGAUUAGUGACGAUAUGGUGAACCAUUAUUUUUCAAGAGUGAAAGAUCAAGGAUGGAUGGACCUCAAGUUGCCGACAAAAUCGAAUUUGCCUGCAUCAGCCAUGGCUAAGCUCUAGGAAUGUCAGCUGACAAUGGCAUCAUUAAUGGAGUUGGUCUACUUAUUAUCGUGCACAAGCCUUAGUCUUUGGCUAAUACCUCAUUGUGGUCUACUUUAUUAAUAACUGAAAUGAUUAUGUAAAUGGUUGUAGUUGUAAGUCUUGUAACACGCCCUUUUCUCCGUUCUAGAACAAACCAUUAAAAUAUCACGAAACAUUGCAAAAAUAAAAUUUGAAAUAAUCCCAACUUCAAUAAAUGACUCAUCUCGUGAAAAUUCUUUGUUCAUGAGGUUGUUUUUGGGUUCA